AUGGGGACACCUCCAGAACACGCAGCCCUCAACGAAAGACCCUUGUCAACGCUAAAACGACACUCGCGCCCGACUCACACCGACAGCCUUGUCAAUGCCAUCUCAACACCCACACCCAUCACCUCUACCUCACCAUCACCUCCCAGUUCCCAACCCCCACCACAGUUGACAGCGUUACAACAACACAUCCUCUUCUUCGACCGCGACAACGACGGCAUCAUCUACCCUCUCGACAUCUACCGCUCUUUUCGCUCUUUGGGCUUCAACAUCCCCUUCUCCUUCCUUUCGCUGCUGAUCCCCUUCUUUUUCUCCUACGCCACAACCCUGCCCCAUAGCUGGUUUCCGGAUCCUUUCUUCCGCAUCUAUGUGUCGUCCAUCCACAAGGCCAAACACGGCUCCGACACCGGCGUUUUCGAUAUUGAUGGGAAUUUCGACGCGGCUCGCUUUGAUGAGAUUUUCGACCGCUAUGACAAGUCAAAGUCAGGAGGGCUGAGUGCGGAUGAGUUGUGGGCGAUGUGGAGGAGGAAUCGGUGUGCAGCGGAUCUGGCCGGUUGGACGUUUGCGUGGAUGGAGUUGGUUACGACAUGGCUUUUGCUGCAAAGGGAGGGAAGGGUGUGGAAGGAAGAUUUGAGAAGUUGUUACGAUGGGUCGGUGUUUUGGAGGAUUAGUGAGUUUAAUAAGACCAAAGGGGGAUGGAAGCAGGGGUAUGGUGUUAAGGAACUCCUGGAUGAGCUGUAUAGGAGUGGGACAUGGAAGAAUUGGUGGGUCAAGGAGAAGGAGCUGGGGCCCGGAAAGUAA